AUGAAUCUAUCACCAUCAAAAUCUAAAUUAGUUGAAGAAAGAAAUAAAAAAUGGCAUGAGAUCAAAAAAAAAGACUGUGACAGUAUUCAAGCCAAAAUACAAAUUUUUUUGAAUACUCCAAUUCCAUUACAAUCAAUUGGAUUCAAAAAAAAUUCUAGUAGUAAAUCAUCUCAACCAAGUAGUUCAGUAUCUACUUCACUUCUUUCUAUCAUUUCAACUUUUAAUGAAUAUGAAAUACAAGAAAAGCUUUGUGAUAUUUGGCAAUGUGAUCAAAGUUAUAGAAGGUCAGUUAGAACCACAUAUGUAGAUAUACAUAUUAAUGUGUUUGAUAAUAUUGAUAAAAUUUUAUGA